AUGUGCCAUGGGUUCUUCCUGUUCCAUAGACUGGACUGGGGGUUUGUUCCCGAGGCCAGGAGCCAGAGGAGCCAGAGGAGCCAGAGAAGACAGAGCCAGAGGAGACAGAGGAGGCAGAGAAGACAGAGCCAGAGGAGACAGAGGAGGCAGAGAAGACAGAGCCAGAGGAGAGGAGCCAGAGGAGGCAGAGGAGAGGAGCCAGAGGAGCCAGAGGAGAGGAGCCAGAAGAGCCAGAGGAGAGGAGCCAGAGGAGGCAGAGGAGAGGAGCCAGAGGAGAGGAGCCAGAAGAGCCAGAGGAGAGGAGCCAGAAGAGGCAGAGGAGAGGAGGCAGAGGAGCCAGAGGAGCCAGAAGAGCCAGAGGAGCCAGUGAAGACAGAGGAGCCAGAAGAGCCAGAGGAGACAGAGGAGCCAGAGGAGAGGAGCCAGAGGAGGCAAAGGAGCCAGAGGAGACAGAGGAGCCAGAAGAGCCAGAGGAGACAGAGGAGCCAGAGGAGAGGAGCCAGAGGAGGCAGAGGAGAGGAGCCAGAUGGCAGAGGAGAGGAGCCAGCGGAGACAGAGGAGCCAGAAGAGCCAGAGGAGAGGAGCCAGAGGAGGCAAAGGGAGCCAGAGGAAGCAGAGCAGCCAGAGGAGCCAGAGGAGACAGAGGAGGCAGAGGAGAGGAGCCAGAGGAGCCAGAGGAGAGGAGCCAGAGAAGACAGAGGAGCCAGAAGAGCCAGAGGAGAGGAGCCAGAGGAGGCAAAGGAGAAGAGCCAGAGGAGACAGAGGAGCCAGAGGAGAGGAGCCAGAAGAGGCAGAGGAGAGGAGCCAGAAGAGCCAGAGGAGACAGAGGAGCCAGAGGAGAGGAGCCAGAGGAGGAGCCAGAGGAGGCAAAGGGAGCCAGAGGAAGCAGAGCAGCCAGAGGAGCCAGAGGAGACAGAGGAGGCAGAGGAGCCAGAGGAGAGGAGCCAGAGAAGACAGAGGAGCCAGAAGAGCCAGAGGAGAGGAGCCAGAGGAGGCAAAGGAGAAGAGCCAGAGGAGACAGAGGAGCCAGAGGAGAGGAGCCAGAAGAGGCAGAGGAGAGGAGCCAGAAGAGGCAGAGGAGAGGAGCCAGAAGAGGCAGAGGAGAGGAGCCAGAGGAGAGGACCCAGAGGAGGCAAAGGAGCCAGAGGAAGCAGAGGAGCCAGAGGAGGCAGAGGAGCCAGAGGAGAGGAGCCAGAGAAGGCAGAGGAGGCAGAGGAGCCAGAGGAGGCAGAGGAGCCAGAGGAGCCAGAGGAGCCAGAGGAGCCAGAGGAGAGGAGCCAGAGGAGGCAGAGGGAGCCAGAGGAAGCAGAGCAGCCAGAGGAGCCAGAGGAGACAGAGGAGGCAGAGGAGAGGAGCCAGAGGAUCCAGAGGAGAGGAGCCAGAGAAGACAGAGGAGCCAGAAGAGCCAGAGGAGAGGAGCCAGAGGAGGCAAAGGAGAAGAGCCAGAGGAGACAGAGGAGCCAGAGGAGAGGAGCCAGAAGAGGCAGAGGAGAGGAGCCAGAAGAGCCAGAGGAGACAGAGGAGCCAGAGGAGAGGAGCCAGAGGAGGCAAAGGAGCCAGAGGAAGCAGAGGAGCCAGAGGAGGCAGAGGAGCCAGAGGAGACAGAGGAGCCAGAAGAGCCAGAGGAGGCAGAGGAGAAGAGCCAGAGGAGACAGAGGAGCCAGAGGAGAGGAGCCAGAGGAGGCAGAGGAGAGGAGCCAGAGGAGGCAGAGGAGAGGAGCCAGCGGAGACAGAGGAGCCAGAAGAGCCAGAGGAGAGGAGCCAGAGGAGGCAAAGGGAGCCAGAGGAAGCAGAGCAGCCAGAGGAGCCAGAGGAGACAGAGGAGGCAGAGGAGCCAGAGGAGAGGAGCCAGAGAAGACAGAGGAGCCAGAAGAGCCAGAGGAGAGGAGCCAGAGGAGGCAAAGGAGAAGAGCCAGAGGAGACAGAGGAGCCAGAGGAGAGGAGCCAGAAGAGGCAGAGGAGAGGAGCCAGAAGAGGCAGAGGAGAGGAGCCAGAAGAGGCAGAGGAGAGGAGCCAGAGGAGAGGACCCAGAGGAGGCAAAGGAGCCAGAGGAAGCAGAGGAGCCAGAGGAGGCAGAGGAGCCAGAGGAGAGGAGCCAGAGAAGGCAGAGGAGGCAGAGGAGCCAGAGGAGGCAGAGGAGCCAGAGGAGCCAGAGGGGGCAGAGGAGCCAGAGGGGGCAGAGGAGCCAGAGAAGGCAGAGGCGUCAGAAGAGGCAGACGACACAGUGGAGACAGAGGAGAGGAGCCAGAGGAGCCUGCUCUUACAGCACCAGUGAUGUUGAAACGCUAA